AUGGUUGACCUAACAACUGAAGAAAACGAUUUUGAUUUUACUGGUAUAUUUCCCAAUUGUAGAAAUGAUUUUAAUUAUUAUUGGGACAGGCGUUUUUCAGAAAGAAAACAAUUAUAUAAUGAUUAUUCAAGCGUGUGCAGUGAUUAUAUUAAAAAUAUAAAGGCUUAUAAGCUUGGUGACAUGGCUUUUCAAACAGAUUGCAUAAAACUGGGUUUAUAUUUAAAUUAUAUAGAAGACAAAAAUAAAUCAGGAAAAAACUUUUACUUAGAAGCAUCCUGUAAAUAUUUUUUUUACCAUUUAAAAGAUCUAGUGAAGAAACAUGGAGGUAAUUGUAAAACAACAAAUAACUGCUACGAGUUGUUUAUUAAAAAAAAUACAACGCACGGUGUUAGUAGAAUUAGCGUGCCUAAUAUAUGCCUUCAAAAUGCAAAUGAUAAUGAUAUUGAUGAAAAUAUAUUUAAAAUAUUGAGUCUUCUGGACAAUCUGUAUAAUUUAAUUGAGAUUUUUAAAAAGAGAGAACAUAGAACCUAUACCAAUGUAAAGGCAUUUGAUUCGAAUAUGAACAGUUUAGAAAAAUAUCCAGCUACAUAUAAUAAGAGUCUUAAUGAAGAAUUAGAAAAAAUUUUUAAAGAAUUUAAAAAUUUCUUUAAAACCUGGUCUACAUGGUGGUAUGGUAGUAGUGCUUUGCCUUACUUCUCUAAGAAAUGGAAAGAUAGAAAUACUUUCAGGCACAUAGAAAAAAGCACAAAUUCAGGCACAUACAUUAGUGCAAGUUCAAUUGUAAAUACAAGUACAGAAACAAGUGCAAAUAUAGAAGCAAGUACAAGUAUGGGAACUAGUGCUGAAGUAAUUUUUUUUUGCUUUGCAAUUAUAUCAAUUUUGUUUGUUUUGUAUAAAGUUAAAAAUAAAUUUUUAUUUAUUUAUUAUACGACGUAUGGAUCAUUUUUACAACCAAGGGUACGAAGGUUAAAAAAAAAGUUUAAUAAAAAAAAUAGAAACCAUCAGAACUUAAUAGAUUCAUUUCAUAGGACAAAACAUAAUUUAAAUUAUAAUGGUUACCCAAUAGCAUAUGCCUCAGAGAACUAA